UGUCGGGGAUGGAGGUGCGUGGAAGCGGUCCAGGUUUGGGCAUUAAAGAGCGGCAGGAACUGUGCUGAGCCAGCCGUCCGGGGACGGGGAAGGACCUAGGGCUGCCGGCCUGCUGACCCUAAGCAACGUCGGCCCGCCAGGAGCUUGGGGGCGCAGGUCCUGAGGAGGCCUAGUCUUUGGAGGAGCUGGGAGCCCCGAGGGACUCUUGACCCUUGACCCCCGACUUGACCCCCGCGGGUGAAAGUGACCAGUAAUCACAAAAGUGCGUACGGCAGCGGGCGCCGGUGCAGUGCUUUGUAGAUACGAGCUCAGCAUGUUGCCUGAGGCUUUGCUGGUGUCCGCGCCUGGGAAAGUCAUCCUUCACGGGGAGCAUGCCGUGGUCCAUGGCAAGGUCGCGUUGGCUGAAGCCUUGAACUUGAGAACAUUCCUUCGGAUAAAGCCCCACCAAGAUGGGAAGGUGAGGCUCAGCUUGCCAAACAUAGGGGCCAAGAGGGACUGGGACGUGUCCAAGCUCCAGCUGCUGCAGACAGCCUUCCUGGACUCCGGGGAGCCCACGGCUCCAACGCCAGAGCACAUGGAAAAGCUGAAGGUGUUUGCGGGCUUCACGACGGACUCCUCCGACAGCGAACGCCUGGCCGUGCUGGCCUUCCUUUAUUUGUACUUAUUUAUUUGCAGGAAACAGAGGCCCUUGCCCAGCAUGGACAUCAUGGUGUGGUCUGAGCUGCCCACUGGGGCAGGCCUUGGCUCCAGCGCUGCCUACUCGGUCUGCUUGGCAGCUGCCCUGCUGGCCUCCUGUGAAGAGAUCACGGGUCGUUUGAAGGAAGGUGUCACCAGUGCUGGGUGGACUGAGGAGGAGCUGAAUUUGAUUAACAGAUGGGCCUUUCUGGGAGAAAAGGUCAUUCAUGGGAACCCUUCUGGUGUGGAUAACUCUGUCAGUACUUGGGGCGGAGCCCUUCGAUUCCAAGGAGGGAACAUUUCAUCUUUACAGAGGAUACCAGAAUUGAGGAUUCUCCUGACCAACACCAAAGUGCCUCGGAGCACCAAGGCCCUGGUGGCUCGUGUCAAAGACAGACUGGUUAAGUUCCCAGAGAUCAUGAACCCAUUACUAGCUUCUAUCGAUGCUAUCUCCCGGGAAUGUGAGCGUGUGCUGGGCAUGAUGGCGGUGACCCCAGCCCCUGAGCAGUAUGUGGUGUUGGAGGAGCUCAUCGACAUGAACCAGCAUCACCUCAAUGCCAUUGGAGUGGGCCAUGCCUCCCUGGACAGGCUGUGCCAGCUGACAGCGUCCCAUGGGCUGCACAGUAAGCUGACGGGAGCCGGUGGUGGAGGCUGUGGCUUCACUCUGCUCAGACCAGGUUUGGAGCAGUCUGUGGUGGAAUCUGCCAAACAAGCCCUCACUGGCUGUGGGUUUGAGUGCUGGGAGACCACCAUCGGGGCUCCUGGAAUCUCCCUCCACUCCCCAUCCUCCUUAAAGGCCGACGUGCUACGAGCUUUGAAUGGUCUCUAGGAGAGUGUUCUAGUCACUGUCACAGACGGCAGCUUCCUGGGCCCCUGGCAGCCACGAAUGGACCUCUUGGAGAUCCUGCGGACAGCUCACCAGGUCCGGCAUGGGCAGAUCCCUGUGGGUCAUGGCUGCUGCAGAGCCGCAGGUCGGCAUAUCAGAAGAGCAGCCUGUUCUGUGUAGGUGUACGCUGCCCCUCCUCCAGCCUUGUAAUGCCCACAGCUGUCCCAGAGGCGAAGGCUCUCAUAUUUCCAGACUUCCCUUAACUCCCUGGUCGACAUGGUUUUGGUCCUCAGUUCCUUGUUCUUUAGACUCAGUGUGCCUGACCAUGGUUGGGCUAGAGGGAUGCCCUCAGCCUGGCUGUCUCGGCUUCUCUGCUAGUAGAAACGGGUGAAGGUGAGCCUCCUCCUUUGGCCUUUGGCUUCUCCAGAUCCAGCCUCUCAGCACCUGCCUUUGUGAUGAGUCCUUCACUGACACUUGAGCCCUGGUGGACUCUCUUCUGAAAUCCCAGGGUGUUACCAUCCCAACUCCUCAAUCAUCAUGUGGGGUCAUUUGUUAAAUUGUCCUGGGUAAUCAUCUUGUCUUCAGCAGAUAAACUGGGAUUGUCUGUGCAGACAUCGACUGUAAACUCCUCUCCCAUUUUUAAAUUCCUUUGGACACUUAGCAUGGGACAGAGCACAGAGUAGGCCGUCUAUAAAUGUUUAAAUGAAUGAACCGAUGAAGACUUUGUAUCCUUUAUGGCACUUUAAAUGUACCAUAUUGGUCCACAUACAGACUGUUCUUACCUCCAGUAUUGAGCUGGAGUGAAAUGGGAGACGAACCUGUGGGAAUUGUUAGUAUCCAUGAAAUAAACUCACUGCCUGCAGUCCCAGGGAGCAUUUCUGCCCAGCAGGUUCUGCAGAAUCCAAAUGAAGGACCCGGAUCCUCUGACGUAGCCAUGGGGCACUUGGGAGUUCUCUUGAAAUGUGUGGGGAGGGUGGAGGUGGAGAGCCAGGGGUCCCCAUAACUUACCAAUGGAAUGGGUGGGUGGAAGGAAGAUUUAGAACGGUUUGGGGGUGGAUAAAAGGAACCUGACUUAGUAAUGACACUCCUAAGUGUAGUAAGACAUGCUGAGUAUAUGAAGACCUCUGUAUACAGAGGGCAUUGGGCUAGAAAUGGGCUGGGAAACUUAAAACCUCAAGGACUUGGUGAUGCUCCUACCUCAAGCAGCCUGUUGGCUUACCUGUUCUCAGAUCAACAGCAGAAAUGAUAAGAAGGGGCAGCUAGGUGGUGCAAUGAGUACAGCACUGGCCCUGGAGUCAGGAGGGCCUGAGUUCAAAUGCAGCCUCAGACACUUGACACAUAUACUAGCUGUGUGACCUUGGGCAAGUCACUUAACCCCGAUUGCCCUGCCAAAAACCAAAAAAAGAAAAAAAAGAAAAGAAAACGAGAAGAGCAUUGGAGAUACAGAAUGAACAAAGCCUUUAUUUGAAUGGAAAAAAUCUUCCGUAGUAAAUAUAUUUUUAACACGA